CGCAAAUCUAGUCUGUUUGUGUUUUGACUGUUUUUUGCAGAGAGCUUCAGAGCACCACGAAGUGUACACACAAGGAGACUGUCAGCGUUCAGCUCCUCGAAUAUCAAACCAAAAGGACAAAAUGGCCUCGGACUCUCCGCGCAGACCGAGUCGUUGUGCUGGGGGGGUUUUGGUGCGAGCACAAGCUGCUACGGAGCAGUCUUACAUGGAGAGUGUUGUGACCUUUCUGCAGGAUGUAGUACCUCAGGCAUAUACUGGGGCUCCACCCACUGAUGAGAAAGAGAAAAUCAUUUGGGUUCGAUUUGAGAAAGCUGACAUUAAUGACACUGCACGCAACCCAGAGUUUAUGGAGAUGCACAGUGGCACUACUGACCCUCCACUCUGCCUCAUGAUUGGCUAUACUGAUGGAAUGCAGAUCUGGAGCGUAUCUCUGGCAGGAGAAGCUCAAGAGCUUUUCUCAGUGCGACAUGGUCCAGUGCGAGCUGCUCGGAUUCUGCCAGCUCCUCAUAACAGUCCUGUAAAGCUGGACAGUUUUGCUGACAAGAGGCCCCUCCUUGGGGUCUGCAAGAGCACGGGGUCCUCUGGGACAAGCCCCCCCUACUGCUGCGCUGACCUGUAUUCGCUAAGGACGGGGGAAAUGGUUAAAUCAAUUCAGUUCAAGACGCCUAUCUAUGACCUCCACUGCAACAAACAUAUCCUUGUUGUGAGCCUGCAAGAGAAGAUUGCAGCAUUUGACAGCUGCACAUUCACCAAGAAGUUCUUUGUUACAAGCUGCUAUCCCUGCCCCGGCCCCAGCCUCAAUCCAAUAGCUCUGGGAAGCCGUUGGCUAGCCUAUGCUGAGAACAAGUUGAUAAGAUGUCACCAGUCUCGUGGAGGAGCCUGUGGUGACAAUGCACAGUCUUAUACCGCCACAGUGAUCAACGCUGCCAAAACUUUAAAAACAGGUCUGACGAUGGUCGGUAAAGUUGUGACCCAGCUAGCAGGCACCAUACCGGCAAGCACUCCAGACGAGGAGGGCACAUCUCACAGUGCAAGCCGUCGCAGCCCACACAACCCCGGUGUGGUCACCAUUAUUGACACACACAGUGUUGGAGAAGGACAGGUCUUGGUGAGUGAGGACUCGGACGGUGAAGGAGUGGUGGCUCACUUCCCAGCUCACGACAAACCUAUAUCCUGCAUGCAAUUCAACCCCAGUGGAAUGCUGCUGGUAACUGCUGACACCCUGGGACAUGACUUUCACGUCUUCCAGAUCCUCACCCACCCGUGGGCAUCUUCGCAGAGUGCCGUUCACCAUCUCUAUACGCUGCAUCGUGGGGAGACCGAAGCCAAGGUACAGGACAUGUGUUUCAGCCAGGACAGUCGCUGGGUAGCCGUCAGCACCCUCCGUGGCACCACGCAUGUAUUUCCCAUCAACCCCUACGGCGGUGCACCGUGUGCCCGGACUCACAUGUCCCCACGUGUGGUAAACCGGAUGUCGCGCUUUCAAAAGAGCGCUGGAUUGGAGGAGAUUGAACAGGAGCUGAACAGGGCAGCUGCUUUAGGAGGAGGAGCAGGAAGUCUCGCAGGAAGUGGCUGCAUCUUAGGUGGAGGAGGCAUCGGUGGGCGCUGUAGCCCCAUACCUGGCCUGUCCAGUAGCCCCUCAGGGUCUCCAUUACAUGCCAAACUGAGCAGCCAGGAUUCGUACAACAAUUUCACCAAUAACAACAUGGGGAACCCGCGGCUCAUCCCAUUGCCCAGCCUCACUGUGGUGCUGCCUUUGGCUCAGAUCAAACAGCCCAUGACCCUGGGCACCAUCACCAAGCGCACAGGACCCUACCUCUUUGGGGCGGGAUGUUUUGCCAUUAAAACUCCAUGCAAAUCUAAGCCACCCCCCCAGAUCUCACCGAGCAAGUCCAGCGGAGGAGAGUUCUGCGUGGCGGCCAUCUUCGCGUCACCUCGCUCCUGGUUCAUCACUAAUCCCAACAUAAAAAGAGAGAAAGAUCAGUCCAGGCAGUCGGUUGUGGACUCGCUGUACGUAGUCAGUUGCUAUGGUAACUUGGUGGAGCACGUCUUGGAACCUCGGCCAUUAAGCACGUCACAAAAGAUAAGCGACGAUACACCGUUAGAACUCAACACCUGUCCAAGGGCCUGCUGGAUUCUAGCCAGGACUCCACAGUGGAAUGAGCUGCAGCCACCUUUCAACUCCAAUCAUCCUUUGGUGUUGGCCUCAGAUCUAGUGCAGUACUAUCAAUAUCUCCUGGCUGCUGUACCCCCAGGAAGCCCCGGCCCAAUCACACGUCACGAGUCAUCCGACAGUCUGGAAUCAGACCACAGUGGCCAGGAGGAUGAGGAGUGGCUCUCUCAGGUGGAGAUUGUGACUCAUACAGGCCCCCAUCGGCGGCUGUGGAUGGGCCCCCAGUUUCAGUUUAAGACAAUUCAUCCUUCAGGCCAGACCACAGUCAUCUCCUCUUCAUCCUCGGUGCUUCAGUCCCAGGGCCCCAGCGAUGUUCAGCAGCCCCUUCUGGACUUUGACACAGACGACCUGGACCUCCACAGCCUCAGGAUCCAGCCAGUACGCUCAGAGCCUGUCAGCAUGCCCGGCUCAUCGCGGUUGGUGGCUGAUCGUCGUGGCCAGUCCAACAUCAUGGAUGCAGGAUCAGGUCAGUGUUCUUUCAUUUUAUGAGAUUACCAAAUGAAACUGACGGCGAGGUCUCUGUGAAAUCCCUUUGAAACGGAGAGGUCGUGAGGCUGCCCUUUAAUUGUGCUUUUAAUGGUGACCCCUUGGUGCCCCAGUGUAAAUAAAAGUGUCAGACAAUAAAGCCAUCACGCCAAUGCCACUAUUAUCAAAUAAUGCUUAAAGCCUUUAUGUUUAUGGUUUAGACGACCUCUUGCUGCGUUAUUACCUGACACUUCACGUUUCAGAAAGAAAUUUCCUGUAUUAACUUCUCAGAGUUGCACAGACCAGGGUCCACAUUUCUUUAUCUCUGCAUUGCUGAGGCAGUGAGCAAGAAGACAAUAAGUAUUAUGUUGUUUCUUAGCCUCAUUUUGUACAUAUAUGCUCAGUUUCGUAAUAUUUUACUAUGAAAUCAAUAAAAUGCUGUUCAGUUAUUCGCCUUAACGUAAGCAGAGUUUCAAUCACUGGAGCGCUGGGAACGCCCGCCUUCCCCGUGUCCUCAAUGAUGGCUACACCCCUGCUGUUAGUAAUAUUUACUAAAGUGUAUAAAAACAAUAGACAGUUUCUACUGGCAGCUUUGGUCAAACUGAGUGUGCAAAGCACAGAUGUAAGUCGGCAGGUACAGUAUUUAAAUCCCUGUGCUGGUGAUGUCAUUCGUGCACAUUCCCACAACAUGAGCAGCGUUGCGUGUUCUUCUAGGCGCAUAUAGCUUUAUUGCUCCAUUCGUCACUGCCAGUAUUUCGGGGGGGUUUUCACACUCCCAAGGUGAAUAGGAAUGAGUGAUGGCCAAUAGGCUCAGCUUUCUUCAAUCUUCCUCUUCUCCCUCUAUUCCGUGAGAAACUCAGGGAGGAUGAGGGAAGUGGGGCUCCUCAUCAAUCCAUCCACAGAGAGAGAGAGUGACGGGGUUCUGAGGAAGAGAAGGUGUGGGAGGCUCGGUUUAGCCAAGGGGAGUCCCAGCAGCGAUCCACGCACACUCGCACACACGUACACGUACACAGAGGAAGAAUAACACCCAUAUAUCUGGCGCGUCAACAACCGGCCUCUGUUUGCACAGCGCUGACACCGGCACAGCCAAACUGCUACUGGAGUUUCUCAUCACACGUUCGGUGCUGUUUGUGUGUGUAGGUGCACAACCGGGCGCUUUGAUUCUGUGUGUGUUGCCACGCAUUUCCAUCUGUAUUUGUUUUUCACGAGCACGAGUGUUGGCUGCCCCCAGGUGUGUGUGCGUGAGAGCGUGCGCGCGUGCCAGAUGGCAAAGUGGAUCUGUCCACAUCGGUCCACACUGGAAUAUUGUCAUAGCCACAGUAGGGAGUUCUUUUGUGCAUAUGGUUGUUUGGAGUUAUUUUAUUUAAUGCUGUUUGAAAUAUUUUUUUUGUCUCUUUCUGCCAAAUAUACGCAACUAAUACAUAUUUGCAAACCUUGACACCAACACCGUCUUCACUACCACUUUAACUGGGAAUCGCACUAACUCGUGCUGUGUUGCCCACAGUACCAGACUGUGCAGUCCUACAUAAACUGCAGUCCAGUUUAAAAACGUGUCCGUCAAUCAGUCUCUGGUUUUUUAUCCACUUCUGUCUAAGCAGAGUGUUUUUUUGCCACGUUUGCUAACUUUUGUUUAGUUUACUGGAUUGACGUAAAGUGCAACCAUCAGGAGUCUUAAAUUCACGACUCUGGUGAGUGAAAUCCUUCUAGUGAAAAUAUCUGAAGCUGUCACUGAUGCUUUUGUCCCGCCCCCUUUGACAGCUUUGCUUCAAUGCAAACAUUGUGCCACAAGCUGUGUCCGUCUUCUCAUUUAGUUUUGUUUUUGUCGAGACAGUCUCCUUUUUUCGGUAUGAUGAACGAUCAGCAGCUAAUCUUCUGUCGGUCUCUCUUUCUCUAACUGGACUGCUGCCCACCUCUCCUCUGUGCGGAUUUAGCAAGCUACAGAUCUCCCGAUUGGAGGCGAGAUUGCCUUUUUGACAGAUGAGGUGGAAACGUCUGCUUUUUUUUCUGAGAAGUAUUAAGUCUGGUAUGUUUUGUGCACUUUGCAUGCAAAGAAUUUGGCUCUAGUUUGUGGAUAACAUCCAGAGCUACUGAGCCUUUUCUUCUUCGAAAUUCUGUGAAGUGCAAUGAAUACUUCAGUUGAAGAUCUUGCAAAGUCAUCCCCUUCGAGGCUGCGAGAAGGAACUCUGUAACUUAUUGCCCUUAAAAAAAGAAAUCACUUAGCUCUCUGUUUGAUCUCCUUUGUGAAAUAUGCCGCCAGACAGCGUUUCACAUAAUCCCGCGCCGUUCGUAGCCGACGACGGGCCUUAUGACUGCAGUAAAUUACAAAAUGGCCGACCUAAGCAGAGGAGCUAGAAAAGUAGAAGAAGAGGGAGGGAAAGGAUGGCAAAAACACACUUUGGUAAACUAGCGUCUCCCCCACCUCUGCUCCAGCUCCCUGGGAUCAAACAAGAGGGAGGAUUUGGACGAGUAAAUCAUUUCCUUCAAGUGGUGAACUCUCAGGGCCAGCAGAAUGAGUCAGACGUGUGUGUUCAUAUCAAGUGGAGGCAUCGCAGUAACACUUUGCCAGAAAGCCUUUCUGCUUUUCUCUCACACUCUUCCUCAAAUGAUGGAAAAUGUUGGACUUUGAAGUUCCGAUAAGGAAAAUUCAUCACAUUCUCUCUGGCUGCCUUUGCUGGUGAAACCAUUACAUCUACCGAUGUUUAUUGGGCGGUGCCCCGAGUCACCGAGUAGAAAAACAUCCUUUCAUCUUACCAAAGAAAAAUUAUUAGCCAAGCGUUUCAAAACCCUUUGGCACAAUGCUCCGCAUUCAUUUAUUAUUAACCUUCGAGGCUAAAAAGGAAGGGUUACGCUAAUUUAGUUUGUAUUUUUAAGGGGAUUUUUCUGCACGUGAGCAAAAAUGUGAGGUCAUAAUUAAUUAAGGUAACAGAGAGGUUUAGAAAACAGCUGCAUCCUCACCUGUAGCAGGAACAUUGUAUCCAAGUCUGAUUGUUGAUUCGUGGCCUCACUCUGACAUUUGGCAGAGAUUCCCCUCCCUGUCUGCGAAUCACUGCAGCUAAUAUUACAGUCACUCUGAAGAUUGAACUUGUGACAUUUAUAGCCGUGCUGUGAUAUUAUUGUACCAGUGUGUUCAGAGCAACCCCUCCUUUGGAAACAGCCCCUGUUUUUGCUUUUACAGCUUCACCUAGCACUUCUGCCCAUCUUAUAAAACUCCCUGCGUUUGCGUGUGAGCGUGUCAGAUGUGGGAAUGUUUUAUCUUUCCUCAGUUAUCCUUUUUCACUUAAUGACUAUUCCUCUGGACGCCACAGCCAGACGUUGUGUUAAAAGUUUCCUCCUCUGAGGUGUAAUGCAAUCUUGCCACGGUCAAAGAGCCUGACAGGGCUGGAGACACUGGUGUGUGUGCGUGUGUCAGUAAGACUGGGGCCUGUCACUAUGUGCUCGACAAAGCAGUAGCAGUGUGUCCACGGCGCAGUACUUUGACUCCAUGCGUUUGUGUUGCUUUGUUUAAUCUUGCUUACCUGCAAGUGUGUGUGUGUGUGUGCACGUGUGUGUUUCUGGUUUGAGGUUAUUGUGAGCGCCGGGUGAAAAGAAGCAGAGCCUGGAUCUGCUUUCUAUCACACCGAUCUGCUGAGGGCCAAAAAAGACCCGACUUCUCACACACAAACAGGCGCACACACCUAUUCAUGCACGGUUGAUUAAACCAGCCAAUAGUCAAACAGAACAAGAAGGCACGACUAAAAAAUCGCUGGGCUGCACAUGCAGGGCACAAACACUCCAACUGCACCUGGUUUAAAAAUAGAUUUCACGCAGUGUUGUUUUGUAAUCUGCAAUAAUCCCAAAACAAUCCAUACUAAGAAAUAUCUGCAAGUCUCACACAGCGUUGUACAUCAAAUCCAUACAAUUAGUCUAUUCAUCGGUUUUAGUCGUGAAUUUUGAAUUAUGUUUUCAUUUUAUAAACUUUUAGUAUAAUAUCUAAAAUCUAAAUCUUUAAUUAAUUAACUUAAAUUAUGUUAAUGAAUUGAACUUGUCUGAAAGAUGUGGCAAAAUGACAGGAAGUAAAUGUUACUUUCCCUCGCUGUGUUUUCGUAAAAGUUAAGCACAUCUUCAGAAAUGACAUUAAAACUUGUGUGACAGGCAUCACAGGGUGCUUUCUUUACUUGCUCGUUUGCAGGGCAUUGAUUACAUCAUAUGUAAUGGAUCAGAAAUCAUAAAAAUGCUUGUUUUCAUAUCUCAAAGUGAGGGGUGGUUUUCAGAUAAAUAGCAGAAGGAAUGUGCUGAAUUUUGGCAUUAUGUGCUCAUAAUCUUGUCAUAAAAUUGAUGAAACUGAAAGCGUAUGACUUCUGUCAUUCACUUAACGGGCUCUACACAUCACUGCCAUGCCACACAGACACAAAGCCUGUAAUAAACAUGUCAUGGGAGGCUACUCAGCUAACCACCAACAGUAUGUGAAGGAGAUAGUUAGAAAACUUCUAAAUCUUAAAAGUAGGAUCAUGUAAUAAACAUGUCCCUGUGACUGUGGUUGCCAUACAACACGUAAUCAAGUCUAAAUAAUAGAGCAGUCCUUGCAGGGCACAUUUAGAACUCAUAUAAUGUACAAUAGAAAAAUUCAUGUCUGACUUUAAAAUACAGCCUAUCCAGUGAUGUCACAGCUGGUAAAAUUCUUGCAUUAAUUAUGAUUUGAACGUUUUGACUGUAAAAAUGUUGUUUUCUCUUCUCUCUUUAAUGCAACUGCAUCUCAAAAAGUUUUAUUUCUUAAAAUUAAUAUUUCAGCCCUUGUGUUUUUAACAGGGUAGAUCAACAAUAAUAAAAUAUGAUUUGUGUUUGUUUGUCUGUGUGUUUCUGCACUUGUUGCAUAGAGGGGUCAUGCUUCUCCCUGCUUCAUCGUUGCAGCAAAGAUUUGUAGAGAUGCUGCGAAUCCCCCAGCUGACCACUCCUGACUGGUCUAACUGGACUUGUUAAGCUUACAGUAUAAUAUGCCUUGUGGUUACUGUUGCGGUGAUUUGAUGUGAAUAAACCUGAAAAGUUUGUCAGCCGGAAGACGCAGAUUUUUGUCACAUUUGUGUCUAUUUUUUGUUUUUUGUUUAUUUGUAAGCAAACACUUCUAUGGCUCGCUAAAGCUGACUUUGCUCUUUGGUCUGUGCUGGCUCUCACGUUCACAUGCGCUUCACGCUCUUGCUUCUUGACUCUCUGCGAGCUGUAAGCCUCCAAACUAACCAAAACAAUGCAAACAACAAGUACCAAACAAGUGUGUUGAUCUUGAAGUGUUUCAGUUUUUCAACGUAAAAUUCCUGGAAAACUGUCGUGCUAUCAUCUAGUGAGUAUUAAGGACUUUCUUAACAAACAGCAACAGAUGAAGAUGUUCUGAGCAGCUGUGGAAAUAGAGCCAUCACACGAGUCGUAGGCAGGGCGCUGAGAGCUCAGUGCUAUCUUCUCUCAUCAGAAUUGGCUAUGAAAGGGUCAGCAUGUGUGCUCUCCUGCCAAUAUUUCACUAUAUGUGUUCACGCUGUUUUGCAGAUACAGGGGUAAAAUUGUCAGACCCUUUCACCCUCAUGUGUUAUAAGUCCCAUUAAUAGCACACUGAUCCGCAUAAGCUGUGUUGACCCCAUAAUGUUCUCCCUAGUGGGUGCUCGCAGUGGUGGCAUUGAGGUCACUCGUGUAUCGUUUACAUGUUUGUUGUAAUUUAACGCUCGUUUAAGCUUGUUUUCACCGUGUUGUUGUGUUUCGGACACGAGGUAUAUAUCCUCACAUCUGUUUGGAGUGACAACCCUCCUAAUUUGACUCCCGCCCUCAUUCUCACCCCUGUUUACCCCCAGCAUGCCCUGCUACCCAGCUGACCUUAUCAGCACGUUGGGGCAGGAGUGCAGGGUCCCACAGGAGGACGGGGCUCCGCUCAUCCACCCGGCUUAGGAGGGCAGGGAUUGGGUUUAGGCGACAGGUGCCAGAGGGACCAGCCAGUCCCUUUGCAACAACACACACAUACACUCGCACACAUGGAAAUAUAUACACACUGAAUCUGGCCGUGCCUUAAUCCCCAGCCAGCUGUUGCAGUUGCUAGCCCAAUCAGUCUAAAGUGUCGAGCACUGGGAAAGCUUGUGUGCGUUUGUUUGUCAGGGUGGAGGGAAAUGUGUGCGGGGAGGGUCAGGUAGCUGUCAUACAUGCCAGUCAUCCUAGCAGUCCAGUGCAUUUGGAAUUGGACCCCUCUCCACCCGAUGACGGCCCGGGCGCCCAGUCUGAUAAAUUCAUAACACAUGUUCCUGGCACCGUCUCACACACUCACAAAUAAUACACCCUCAUUCAUUAUCCUCCCUCUGGCUUAGAUAUGCCCAAUCCUAUCACAGACCACGCCAAAGGCCAGUAGAGGUGAGACAGGGCAGACACCCCUCUCUCCUCACAACACCCUCCUCUCCUUUGAGCUGGCCCAUCCUUGUGUGACCCUAUAGACACGGGCUAAUCCAUCAGGAGCACGGGGCGGGGGUGUUUGGGUAAGGGUUAUGGAUUGUGCUGCGUCUGCUGUCAGAGGGUAUCGCUGCCAGUUUGUGGCUCAUGUCAUCACUGGGGUUUCUCAACAUCUAGCAGAUUAUAGCAGGAUGGCACCGAUUGUCAAACAGAGUCCACUGUAAAAAAUCAUAAAGGCCCAGGCAUUGGUGAGACACGCGAGCUAAUACUGGUAUUUACUGAAAAUUUCAAUCGGAUAAAAUCACUCACAAUCGGCUGCUUUGUACCAGAGUUCGCCUUUCUCUUACAGUUCUGAUGUUACAUGCCUCUAAUGUGAUGUAUGAGAAAGUUAACUGAGUUUUUUGGUCAUAGAGCCGCAUCACUCCUAACGUUUAUUAUUUAUGUUUAACAUUUAUUUAACCCACAGGUUAAACUCUAGUGAUUAAUAACGUCUUUUGCACGAGUAUCCUGGGCCCAGAUACGCAGCACCGUUGUUGCUCAGGUGCCUUUAGGAAAAAAGAUGAUUUGCAGAACAGAAAUAAUAUUAGGAAUGGUUAGUUAAUGUUAAUGUGGUAAUGUAAGCUAGCCGAGUGUGAAGCAGUCGAGGGUUGAAUCGUCUGGUUAGUAGUCAACCAGACUUAGCUCGUUACCCACAGCCGGCAAAUAAAUGGAUGGACGAGUUUAUUUCUUUCUCUUUAAUACUGCUUGACAAAAAUAGAAAAUAUUGUACUGUACUUUAGUACUUGUUUAUUAACGUGUACAUAGCAUUCAACAUCACAGUGCAGGAUCAAACCGUUAGAAGCUUCAGCAACACAGAUGGAGACAAUCAUCAACAUUGCAGCAGCACCGAACACGGAGAUGAGAAACACAAAAUCAAGGAUAUAGCAGAUUACCAUAAGCAGCUGAUAACCCACCUAAACUAAUUUCAUCAGCUGGGCUCUUGGGGAGGCUUCAAGGGUAAUCUGAAUGCUGAUCGAAAGCCUUUUUUUUUCCCAUGACAGGAACACAGCUUCUUGCUUAUAUGGGCACACCGUGGCUGUUAAUAGUCCCGUUUCUGUAAAGCAAAUGCAAGUCUUAUGAUGACUCAUGCUGUGUUUUAAUUUCACUACAUACGUGAUCACAAGAUGAAAAUCUGCAGCACUUGAAGCAAUUUCCGCUGAGCUAAUUUGUUGUUGUUGUCUUAUAAAGCGAGCUGUACAUAGGGAGCUUUAAGACGCUGACAUUCCUCCGCUGAGUGUUUAAAAAAGUGCAGGUAAAAUGAGAAAUUGUUUGUUUUGCUUCCCAGGAAAGGGCAGCUUCCAGUUAGACAUCCUCUUUCACAUGGGUGUCGCUGAAAAGCAAAUGCAAGUCUUAUGAGGAUGAUUCACAUAAUACGAUGAUUUCUUAAUGUCAUUAGUCUAUUAUGUGAUCACAAGAUGAAACUUUGAGCUACAUCACCAGUUCAUAUGGACCAUUUCCACACAUCAUGUUGUGUAUGAAUAUGAUAUCAGUUAAAAGCCACAUCAAUAAGAUGUGUUAAUACGAUCCACUCUGCAGUCACAGUCUAUGCAUUAUCCGGACCAUCCUUUCUCUGUCAAUAACGCAGCUAGUGAUGCUCCCCUGAUAGUGAUUGCUAUAAAAGAGCAGAGUGAGCUCGUAUUGAUAUUGGAAAAAAGGAAAAAAAUAUAUAUGAGGUGAAGUUGUUCAAAUUUCACAUUGACUUUAUUUCUGGGUGUAGCCACGGGAUUGGUAGAGACUUAACAGAAGUAGAUCCAAUAUCAAUGCUUUUAGCCCACAUGGCCAGUCUUCACAUAAUCAAUGCCAUUUGACAAUCAGAAGCAAUUAGCCCAGAAAUAUUUGAAAUGAUGAGUAUAAUAUGUUUCUCGCAGGAAAUACUAAAAUAAACUUUCACAGGACAGAAAACUUUAGUAUUCUUCAGGACAUUCUGCUCUUUUCAAGUAAAGCAAGUAAAGUCUUUUUUUAAAUUUAAGAUUACUAGGAUCCUUCAAGUGUUGAUCGUGUAUAUUAGCAGGCCGGCUCUAACUGCUUAGUUCAAGUUGUUCAAGAGGGCCAUGAAACAUGGUGACAAACAACUAAAUAAGGUUAAAGUUAGGAGUCUCUUCUCAAUAACUGAAACCUAUUUACUCAAAUAGAAAAAUGAAGCUGUGAUAAGUUGGCAUCGCAUCACAACAUCCUUCAGAAUCUUUGACAUUGCCAGACGGUAGCCGGUCUGAUCACGGCCUCUAAAUUAAGAAUGGAAAAUCAUUCCAAAGAAGAAUUUCCACCAUUGUGUGGUUUUAGUCAGUUUUAUGAAAUUUGAUGACGCAUCCAGAUGAUACAAUGAUUUUAGUAAAUAUGCUGCCAAUAUGCAAAGGAUCCCUGCUUUGGUUUGUAAGGAGUCCCGUGGUCUAACUCGUUGCUGGUCUUAUGCUUUUCUUGUACCUUAGCAUCAUAAUCUCGUUGUCUGUUGUGACAGCCAUGUGCUCUAUACACCGUUAACCCACCAUACAGCCCCGUGACAUCAUAACGUCUGUGUUGCACUUUUAAUAGUAGCUCUUCGUUCAGAAAACACUCUAAAAAACCUGUUUUGUAUGUGAAAGUCCUCUUUUUCACAUCGGCAGCGUGUACAUGACCAGGCCCACUAAUGUCACAAUGUUGCUCUGAUGUUGAAGUCACAUUACAGGUUUAACAGCUUUACUAAGAAGACACCAGAUAACGUCUAGUGAUGCUAACUAAUGCCAAUAUUGAACAACUUUGCUUUCCAGUCUGAAUGUAUGGCAUGAUGGGAUUUGUAGUGACCUCAAGGUCUUCCACUCGCUUCAGGUGUUUGGUUAAAAGAAGGAAGUUUGAUGAUGUAUUAACUCUGGGACAUGAUUCAGGCAGGAUGUGGCUUUCAUGGAUACCUAAGGCAUCGGGCCUCUUCUUGAAAGCUGCUGCUUGUAUUUUGCAGCUGAACACUCUAUGCAUGUGUAGUCUAUAGAGUCCAUGUGGUUACUGGACUGUACAGACGUGUGCGUAUAAAACUGAGUGUGUGCAUGUGUGUGUGCGUGAGAGAGAACUGGAGAGCCCCUGAGUGCUCUUUGUGCUAAUAAAACAGCAGCUCUAUGGGACACUGGACACCCUGGAUCAAACUCCAUCACAUUACUGAAAUAUUACACCUCCCCAAGCCAGGGGCCUGCAACCAGUUGAUGUGUGUACAUGUCAAAGGUGUGUGCGACUGCAUACAUCAACGGGCGUGAGUAGUGAUGCAUUCUCAUAUACACAACUGGGCGUGUGAUGAAGUAUGCAUGCAGCCAUGAAUAGUUCUAUGUGUGUUUACCCAUGGUGUUGUCAGCAUCCUGACAGUCCCUUCACAAUAUGCUGUCUGUGUCUGCUCUCUAAGUGCUGGUGCUCGUAUUGAUCCCCGUCCUGUAGGGAGGAUAUUGUAAUAUGUGAAGGCUCGAUGUCUCUUUGCCACACUGCCACAGAACACAUCCAGACUCAGCUGAAUAAAACUGUUCAUCAGUUGUCACAGUAUAGGAAGGAAUUUAAAGUUCUUCCUCUUUCAUGCUGUGGCUGUAUGUAAGAGCACAACUGUGCAGCCUGAGUGACACUUUAUCUUUAUUAAAUACAUUUGAGUGCGUUUUAACCACAUUGUUCAGAAUCGCCCCUUUCGAUUUCUGCCCAUAGUCAAGUGAGCUAAACUAGCAAACUUACUAAGAAUGCAUACACCCCAGACCUUUUGCCCCCUAACGCAACACAGCCUGAUAAUUUCUCACAUUUGUUAUGUGUAGGUCUGCAUAUAUUUGUAUAUCAGGGACAAAGGAGUGGGAGCAGGGGAAGCACAGAGAUUUAAAGCUCCACUCCCAGCGCUUCCUCUCAGGGUCAGGACCUCAAGGCUUUGAUCUCUCAUUAGGGGGCAACCAUAACACAUACACCAGCUCAACCUCUACUAUAUCACUAGCAUGGAGAGAGAGCGCGGCAUGCUUAAAGGUUAAACGGUCUAAUUUAAUGACUCGGCACAAAACACACGGGGUGGAAGAAGAUGAAACGAUAGAUGUUGUGCAGAGAUAAAGAAUGAAUGAAAAAGUGUUAGUAUAUAUAAAUACUGAAAUACAGCUUGACUAUGGCCUACAUGCUUCAGGUUGCGUUAUUGUUUUUAUUCAAGUCACCAGCAGAAAUUUUAAAGAAUCACAAACUCCUGUAAAUUCAGUGUAAUUGUUUUUUUUCUCUAAAAACGGUUGAUAUAGACAUAAACUGUUAGCUGGCAUAAUUAUAGUUGUCAGCCUUAAUUUGUCAAAGCCCAGUGUGGCCAUAGGGCAGAAAACAGUGGCAGAGCCAAAAACAAAGAUUAUCACUCCUUAUCAGAGGGUGAGGACAGCGAGACGUUGUUAGGAAUCAGCAAUGAUCCCGAUUUCAGUCUCAAUUCCACCCAGCACAGAUGAGCUCAGGGCCUGCCAUCACAACUAAAUUGCACUUGACCGUGACAGGUGUUUAAUACAGCGUAACACUGGAUUAGAUGACACGUUAAUGAAUCUUAGGGUGAAACGGGACAAAUACACAAAGCAAUUCAAAGAGCGAGAGAAAGCCACGUAGAUGUUUCAUGUUUUUAAUGUUAAAAUAUAAUUAUUGUUAUUAUUCAUGAAUUUUCAAAUGUAUUGCUUUACCAUACAGCUGUUGAACUAGUAAAGCACAUCCUUGAUUAUUUUGGGAUUAUUUACUUUACGUUUCUGAACCAAAACAUUUGUUUUAGUGGUUGGAUGUUAUGUCCAGUGGAUUGUGAAUUCUGUUUUUUAGUUAAUAACAGUAUUUUUUUUUAAACAAAUAUUUGACAGAUUUUUAAAAUUUGCAGCCACAUCAUCUGACAUAUUUAGUACUAAUCUUUUUUCAGUAUUAUCUAAAUAAGAUAACAUGACAAAUGAGACUUUAUUUAUCCCAUAUUUGGAAAAUGAUUUUGUAGCAGCUGAUAAAAUAAUAAUUUAAAAAAUAGUCAUCGUCACUAUAAUUAUCAUCGUGCAUACUUAUCAUAUACAAAUUCAUUUCAGUUCAGUUUUAUGUAUAUAACGCUAAAUCACAAACAAGUUGCCUUAAGGCGUUAAUAUUAUUCUGUACAGGCCUACAGUGAUAUAGAGAAGGGUUAGCAUUAGUAAGAUGAACUAUUACAAAUUCAUCUAAGCAAAUAAAUUUUUAAAUGAUAACAAAAUUUUUAAAAAAGUGAUAAAUUAUUAAAAGUUAUACAUUAUGAGUGUUAGUGCAUGUGUUUUGAAAGAUUUCUUGCAUCGUGUAUCAUGUACCUGUAAUCACAUAGUAACACUUGCACUGAAAGCCUGAAAAUUAAACCCGUGGUUUAGGCUUGAAUUAAUUUGCCACUAUGUGUUUAUACACCAGUCUGCAGUUUACCAUUAGUCAUUAUUUAUCUCUGGCUGUCUCUCUCCCCUCACCUCUCGCUGAUUGCAGCUGCCGCUCCCUCAGCCUGGUUCUGCUCGAGGUUUCUUCCUGUUAAAAGGGAGUUUUUGCUUCCCACUGUUGCUCAUAGGGGGUCGUUUGAAUGUUGGAGUUUUUCUCUGUAUUAUUUUAGUCUUUACCGUCAAAUAUGAAGUGCCUGGAGGCAACUGUUAUUGCCAUUUGGCACUAUUUAAAUAAAACUGAAUUGAAUUGAACCACUAAUUUUUUAAUGCUUCAGAUGUUGCUCUAGCCUUAAGUUUAUAGUGAAAACAUAAAUAUCUGACUGAAAUCUACCAAAAGAAAUAAGAAAUUGACACCACCUGAAUUUUCUACCACUUAUUUGAGUCUGCCCGCCACCAGGCCCUCUGAUCACCACCAGUAGGCAACGGGUGAAGUGUCUUGCCCAAGGACAAAACGACCGAGAAUGACUGAGCCAGGGCUCGAACCGGCAACCUUCUGAUUAUAAGACGAACGGCCAACUCUUGAGCCACGAUCGCCCCACAUUACACUUUUGGAAAUCCUUAUGCUCAAGCAUGGUGUUUGUUAUCUACAAGCUGUGCAUCUUAUCAUAGAAGUCCAACAAAAAACACAACUGGGGUUCGGAUCGAGAAGGGAUGUAACUCCCAGUCACAUCCCUUGAGGUCACACUCUCCUUGCCCAUAUGAGUGUACAAGUCCCCAGUAGGUGAGUGAAGUCCCAAACAUCACUGGAUACACCGAACUGUCAUUUUGUCCCAUAAGUGCAAGCAACAGGCAGGACCUGUUCAACUUCUUUGUCCACCUGGAAAACAUACAGACACUGAACUGGGGGAAAACACGUGUAGCAGCCACUCUACUCCCGAAUAACCAAAGCACCGAGUCCCUCCUACAAGUGGUGGGCCCACAGGAGGGAGGACCCAUGUAUUGGUGUCUCUGGUGUCACAGUGAGACCCUUUGUUCAAUAAACACUUGCUAAGAGGUUUAGUCAUGGUUUAAAAAGUCACACUUCUUAUACAUUUGCUUAUUUAAGGACAAGUCCAAAUGAUGCUGUUCUCAUUACACAUAAAGAAGAAUGCAGGAUUCCAGUUCUUUAGCUGCCAUUUACUGUUAUUUAAUUGCAAGGCCAAAUUCUUUAAAUUAUUUAUGCAUAAAUAAAUGACCAAUUUCUACAUAUUCAGUAUAUCAUAAUAUUCAGCCAUUAUUUGAAUGUCUCCUGAAGUGCAUUCCCAGGUUUAGCCUUCUCAGCGGUAAAAAUGUGAAUCCAAAGUCAAAAGGUGUGAUUGAUCAUGCUGUGGAAAAUGAAACUCAUGUGAAUGUUUUUGCUUCGACAUUCAGGGACAUUUCCCAGUGGCGCCAGAGGAGGUUAGGCGGGUUAAGAAUCUUAGCAGGACUGCUAAAGCCUUUUGGAGCGGCUCCUUAUUAAUCUCUCCCACACCCCCAGCAAGACAUUAGCAAUAGGUUUAGGCCGAUUUACCUCGCCAGAUUUUUCCAAUCAGUCGUACACAUGUGUACACAAACACAGAUACAGAAAACUAUAUUUUAUCUACACACUUGCAGACUUUAACAACAAGCAGCUGUUUUCCUUGCAUGCAUCUGUCUGUCUUCUUCACUCGUCUGUUCUUCACUUCACUCAUUUCUUGCUUCACUUUGUAUAAAGUUACAUUUCUUUCAUUCCUUUUUCUCAACUUCAUCAUUUCCACCCCUUUUUGGAUGAAGCCACCAUUCUCGUCUCCAAUUUUCUUUCUGCUCUAGCAAUUUCCUUCAUAGCUGUCUUUCUAUCAAUUUAUUUCCUGUAUUCUUCCUUCUCUAUAAUUUCCCGUUUACCUUCAUUUGAUGGGUAUUUGGGUUCUUCAUCUUGUUUCUUCCUAAAGUCAUUCCCCUUUUCUCUUUUGAUUUUGUUUCCUUGAACCAUCCAGUAAGGGAGGUGAUUUAUCACUGUUCUUGGCCUGCAUCAACAUAAUGUGGCUUCUAAGUUUGAUAGAAAAAAAGGUUGUUGUGCAUUAGUUAAAUAUUGAAGUCUCACACAGAAGAGCAGGAUUCAGACCCUGUGUAGUUUUUCAUCUUACAUCUGUUUGUUUUCUCUCACUGGUAAAUACAAUGAUUCUGUUAUAUUAUGGUUGUGGUUUUCUGUAGGCAGCACACAGUUGUACAGUCUUUAAUGUUAAACUCGGUUUUACACUGUGGACCAGUGUCACAAAUAUUAAUGCAAAACUUUACUGCAACACCCUGGUGUGCUGAGAUUUUUGGACUCUCUUUCACACCUCAGCUUGCCACCCCACCCCCUCAAAUCCUAGCAUGGACACCCUGUGUGUUGGAGGGGUGAGUUAAGACCCCCCGACUAUCCUGGAUUAUCCUUCAUAUAAGAGCCUUAGUGCUGGCCAGUACUGCAGGACUACUGUCCACGUCAACAUACACUCUCUCUCACACACACGUGCACACACGUAUGCAAUCAUAUGCUGACCUCAGAGGAGGAAUCAGGGCAACAAGGAUACAGCUCAGUGAUAAGGAAAAAUAAUAACAGGUAGGUCUUCAUAAGUGUGUCUUUCAGCAUCAUGAAUAAAUGAUUCUUCUUUGGACUUGUAAUGGAGUCGCUUUCCUGUCCCUGACUUUAAAAUCGUAGAUUUUUUUCCAAGUCACUUUAGUUAUUUGUGGAUUAAAAAUGUUGGAACAAAGAAAACAAACAUAACAACUUUGAAAUGACAAACUCAGUUAGAUAGUCAAUAGAAAUGUACUUAAUGGCUCAUUAAUUUAUUAUUGUUUGAAGCGAAGGUUCAAACAUUUCAAAUAUCACCUUCGUUUCUCAAUAGCUUUGUUGCAAUUUUAUAGACAUUAGAAUUAAAUUAUUUUCAGUCAAACAGAUUUUUAUGUACUUUCAAAAAUGCAGCAAUUGUACAAAAUGUUAAUAUUUCCCCAUUAAUACCUGUGUAACUGCAGCUUGCAUAUAUUGAUGUGACAGCAUGCUUAUGUUGUAUCAUUUAACUACCACCUACACUACAUCUACACUAUAUGUUGCUGCAAUCAGUGCACUUGUUUGCAGAGCUGCAUUAUUGGUUUCACCUAAAAUAAUUUUUUAAUACUAAAAUAAUUAAAAGAGGGCAUAGCCAUGUCUACAUUUUGCAGUUUAGCUUUAAUGACUGGGGAGAAUGUAGCUCGGCAGAGUUGGAUGGUAGACUGUAGGAUGACUCUGGAAAUCAAGAAGAGCAAGGGAGUGAAGGUAAAAGCACAAGUCGAAGAAGGACGAAUGUUGCACAGAGUUCAGGAAUGAGUUGAGACAUGAUAGAAAACAGCCGGUAGAUGACUGUGAAGGUACAGCUGAAGUGCUGAGAGAAACUGUUGAGAAGGUGUUAGCUGUUUGCACUGGACUGAUAGAAGAAGACAUCGAGGUCUGGUGGUAGAAUGAGGAAGCACAGGAAAGUAUCCGAAGGAAAAGGUUAGCAAGAAAAAGUGGGAUAAGCAGAGAGGUGAAAGAAGUAGACAGGAGAGAGGGUGGAUAAGGCAACGAUUAGCAAGGAGGAAAUGAAGAGGAUGAAGAAUGGGAAUGCAGUUGGUCCCAAUGACGUACCUGUGGAGGUACGGAGAUGUCUGUUUUCCACCAGUACCUACUCAGCUCAACUGCACUUUACUCUGCUUCAAUCAAUUUCCAUUAGAAUUGAGUGCCACCUAAUGUCUCUGGAGUCAUUAUAGCAACAGCGCCAAAGUCCUGUAAUGUCAUUUGUAUGUAACACACUCACAACACAACAAUGGAGGACGUUAAGGUGAUUUUGCUCCUGGUCUCUGGCUCUUUGUCCGACUCGGGGACUGCGGUUGUUAAAAAUGGCAGUUUUGAUUUCUGUGAAAGAGACACUCUCAUGACUUAUUUGGUCACGCUACUGGCUAGUCGAUGCAGUCUGUUGUCACAUUUUCAGAUCAACUCAGAUUGCUUGGAACCCCGGUUGAGUAGGUACCAAAGAAAGACCUGGUACCAGGUACCACUGCCUCUAAAAACUGAGCCGAGCUGAGCCGAGCAGAGUAGGUACCUCAUGAGUGAAAAAGGGAGAAGGCAGUGGAUGUUUUAAUGAAAUUAUUUAACACAGGAGAAAUGAGAGUGUAUGGUUUACAAAGAAAAACUGUACUGAUGCCAAUUUUCAAAAACAGAGCUGUAAAAAUGUUGUUCUGCAGCAUUCGCAACGCCACCACAGGGAUCAGUAUGUUGUCAUUUCUCAAGCAAAAGCCUUGAUAAAACUACUUACGUGGAUAUAAACUCAAAUUCUGCUCCACACUCAUCCAGGAUAUUACUUUUAUAUUAACAAUAAUAGUAUUUGCUAUUCAAAAUAAAAUAAAAUAAAAUAAAAAGUAAAAUAAAUUGUUCUUUCAAAAUGUAGCACCACAUUUCCUUGCCACGGUCAGUAUGAUGAAAACUUGAGGAUGGUGGGUGUGUGUCAUCAAACAGGCGACCAAUGUUCUGCUGCCGUUGUCUGAAGUUUACAGCUUCAUUUAGGAAAACGUCUCGUUCAGUCCACAGAGUUGCUGUGGAGGGCGUUGAUUGAUUUAAGCUCUCUCUCUCUCAGUGUGUGGAUUUUUUUCAGUUGUGUGAUAAAGAGAGAGAGGGAGUGUUUGGGCGGAGAAGGUGGAGAUUAAAGAGGCGGGGUAGUUGCUGUGCUUUGGCCAAUGCUCUAUGGAGGCCAGUCCUAUAAAGCGCUGCAGCCGUGAAAUGCGUUUUAUUGUCGCUUAAUCCUCACACUGUGGCAGAGCCCCA